AUGAAUAUUGUCGAAUGGGCCUUUGGCAAGCGCAUGACGCCGCAGGAGCGUCUGCGCAAGCACCAACGAGCGCUCGAGAAGACGCAAAGAGAACUCGACCGCGAGCGCGUUAAGCUGGAAAACCAAGAGAAGAAGCUGGUGCAAGACAUCAAGAAGAGCGCCAAAAAUGGCCAGAUGGGCCCUCUGCGCAUCCAGGCGAAGGAUCUUGUGAGGACGAGGAGGUACAUUCAAAAGUUCUACCAGAUGCGCACUCAGCUUCAAGCCAUUUCUUUACGGAUACAGACUGUCCGAAGCAACGAACAAAUGAUGCAGAGCAUGAAGGGAGCAACGGCUCUUUUGGGCAGCAUGAACCGGCAGAUGAACCUUCCCGCAUUACAACGAAUCGCCAUGGAAUUCGAGAAGGAGAACGACAUAAUGGACCAGAGGCAAGAGAUGAUGGACGAUGCUAUCGACGAUGUCACUGGGCUUGAGGAUGAAGAAGAGGGCGAAGAGGUCGUGAACCAGGUCCUGGACGAGAUAGGUGUCGACCUUGGCCAAGCGCUUGGCGAGACGCCCUCGGGCCUACAGAAGACGGGUGUUGCUGAGGAUAGGGUGGCGCAGGCCGUUGGAGGCGGCGAUCCGGACGACGACGACUUGCAGGCAAGACUGGAUAGCCUUCGACGCUAA